AUGUCUUUGGUAGUCUACACUCUGCUCAUCAUCCUGUGCCAUGUUUGGCGCUUGAUCCAUGGGACUUCAGUGGCGGUCUCAGACGUUGCUGUAAGGUGUGCUGAAGAAGCGCUGCUGCCCUGUAAAGUUCUUCAGAACUCCUCAAUUGUCUACCAGACAGUGUCUUGGUACAAAAUGGCUGGAGACGGUGAAGGAAUAGCAUGGGAAGUCCUUGAUGUAGAAUCUCAUGAUCCGAAAGAACUUGGGGGGUCCUUGGAGCUCUCCAACGACACCUCCUUUUCACUGAGGAUCAAAAAUGUGACCAGCCGAAACAGUGGGACAUAUAAGUGCAAUUUGAGAGAAUGGAGUGGAGAACGCAAUCUGAGCAGCACAGUCACAUUAAAAGUAACAGGGUGCCCUGGAAGAGGAGAAGAAAAAUUCAAAAAAUACAAAGCUGAGCUUUUCAUGCUGACUUGCCUUGGGAUAUUUUACUUGCUGCUCAUCUUCUUUACCUGUACAUGUCUAAGAAAAGAGAGUAUGUCUCCCAAUUACCAAAAAACCAGGCCAGAUAUGAAACACAUGCUCACCCUCAUCAAUGUACAUGAAAUGACAACUUUCCAGGAUUUUAACACUGACAGCACUUCCAAAAAUAAGCUUACUUCGAGUUCUGUCUAA